UUGUAUGCACAAUGACUCUUCACAGAAGAUACAAAUGAAACCUUUUAAAAAUUCGUUGGCCUGCCCUGGUGCACAGAAGGCUACUACUUCUUCAGAGGCAGUUGACAGAUUUAUGCCUAGGACAACACAGCUGCAGAAGUGGAAAAGAAGAAGAGAAGAUGAUCGUAAAGUUGGAACUUUUCUCGGAACAAGCACGAGUAGUAAUGAGGUUAUGAUUGGGCCUCUGUUACCUCACAUACCUAAAGUGGACAUGCAUGACGACUCGUUGAAUACAACAUCGAAUUUAAUUUGGAAUAAGCUUCAAGAGGUCAUUUCAUCUGUGCCAAAACCUCCAGAAGACAAGCUGGAAGAUGUGAGUACAAGUCAUUCAUUAAAGCAAAGAAGAAGAAUAUAG